CUAGUGAGUGUAUAUAUUGUAUUUAUACACAAAGGACCACUUCUACAUAUUCUCAUCACCUAGCUAAUUCCCCUGCUCCACCACCAAGAUCCAGCCAUGGCCACCACUGCCACUGCUGCUGCCACCGCCGCAUCACAUUUCUUUAGAACUCGUACCCAAAACCCCAAACCCAAAGUAGGUAAAAUCCAAGCUAGGUUCGGUUUCGGUGGUUUUGGUGGUUUUGGAACCAAGAAAUCAUCCCCUCCACCAAAAAAAACAGCUCCAAAACCAGUAGAAGACCGACUGGUUUGGUUCCCGGGUGCAAACCCUCCCGAAUGGCUCGACGGAACCAUGGUGGGCGAUCGUGGAUUUGACCCGUUCGGGUUAGGUAAGCCAGCAGAGUACUUGCAAUUUGAGCUUGAUUCGUUGGACCAGAACUUGGCAAAGAAUGUGGCUGGUGAUAUUAUUGGCGUCCGUGUGGAGCCGAAUGAGGUGAAACCGACGCCAUUUCAGCCGUAUUCAGAGGUCUUUGGGUUGCAAAGAUUUAGAGAAUGUGAGGUAAUUCAUGGGAGAUGGGCAAUGUUGGGUACUCUUGGCGCCCUUGCUGUUGAAGCUCUUACUGGUGUUGCAUGGCAAGAUGCUGGAAAGGUAGAAUUAGUUGAAGGGUCAUCAUACCUUGGCCAGCCACUUCCUUUCAGCUUGACCACAUUGAUAUGGAUAGAGGUGCUAGUAAUUGGGUACAUUGAAUUCCAACGAAAUGCAGAGCUUGAUCCAGAGAAAAGAAUAUACCCUGGUGGGUAUUUUGACCCUCUUGGCUUAGCUUCAGAUCCUGAAAAGAAAGAAAACCUUCAAUUAGCAGAGAUCAAGCAUUCAAGGCUUGCCAUGGUUGCUUUUCUUAUCUUUGGUAUCCAAGCUGCUUUUACUGGAAAAGGUCCCAUUGCCUUUGUUGCUACCUUCAACCAGUAAUUAAUCAAUCAUUCAACCAUGCAAUUCACAAAAACUAUACCAAACCAUGUCGAUUUCCUUUUGGAUGUGUUGUGUAGCAUUAAUGCUUUAUGUCUCUCUCAACACUUUGUAACUUUUUUUACCCUCUUGUAACCCUAAGUUUGAUGCAUGAUUCAUUUGUAUGUAUGUUAUUAUAAUUUCUCUAAAUGAACAUAGCAAUUACUUAUAAAAUAUUUUUGAACUUA